AAAUAUAUUGAUGGCAAAGCUGUAAUUUUAGGUGUCCUGGCAUCCUAUAUUUGAAAAAGGAAGAGGAGAAACAUAAACAGAACACAAAGAGACAGAGCAGAUCUGUGGAAAGAAAGCGAAAGAUGGCUGGUGAAGAAGGACAAGUGAUCGCAUGUCACACCGUGGAGGCAUGGAAUGAACAACUCCAAAAGGGCAAUGACUCUAAAACUCUUGUGGUGGUUGAUUUCACGGCGUCUUGGUGUGGGCCAUGUCGUUUCAUAGCUCCAUUCUUUGCUGAUUUGGCUAAGAAACUCCCUAAUGUGAUGUUCCUCAAGGUUGAUAUUGAUGAACUAAAGUCAGUGGCGAGUGACUGGGCGAUUGAGUCGAUGCCAACAUUCAUGUUCAUGAAAGAAGGGAAGAUUGUGGACAAAGUUGUUGGAGCCAAGAAAGAUGAGCUUCAGUCUACUAUUGCCAAGCACUUGGCUUAACUAAACCUUUUAUAUGUCUUGUCUUAAGAUAUUGAAUUCAUUGCUUUUUAUGUACUCUUGAGAUGUUUUGACUUGUUCCCUCUUUGUUAUGAUGAUUCCUGUUUAAUCUCGUCUGAUAAGAUUGUGACUUUCUAGUGAGUUUGUUUAAUUAUGAUUUUGUUUUGUUUAUCCA